GCCGCCUUCGCCGCCUUCGCCGCCUUCGCCUCGCCCGCCACCGGGGUUUGUAUGAAAACACCGGGCGGCUGGCGGCGAGGAGUCCGCCGUUCUUCCAGAGAGCAGCCCCUGGUGCUGCCGACGCUGAGCCGGGUGCUGCGGCUCUGCCCAGUCCCUGCCAGCGCCCCGUCCUGAACCGAUUAUCUGCAAUGUUGAAAUGAAGUAACUCAAGAUGAGCAAGUUAAAAGUGAUAUCAGAGAAAAGCCUUACCAAUAAUUCUCGGAUCGUGGGACUCCUGGCUCAGCUGGAGAAGAUCAAUACUGAAUCUACAGAAUCAGAUACUGCCAGAUAUGUUACAUCAAAAAUUCUUCAUCUGGCUCAAAGUCAAGAAAAAACAAGGAGAGAAAUGACAGCCAAAGGUUCUACAGGAAUGGAAGUUCUGCUGUCAACCCUAGAGAACACGAAAGAUCUUCAAACUACACUUAAUAUCUUAAGCAUUCUUGUUGAGCUGGUGUCAGCUGGUGGAGGUCGAAGAGCAAGUUUCUUGGUCACCAAAGGUGGUUCACAGAUACUGUUGCAGCUACUUAUGAAUGCCAGCAAAGAAUCUCCCCCGAAUGAGGAGUUGAUGGUACAGAUUCAUUCUAUUCUUGCAAAGAUUGGACCUAAAGACAAAAAAUUUGGAGUGAAAGCUAGAAUUAAUGGAGCUCUGAAUAUAACCCUGAAUUUGGUCAAACAGAAUUUGCAGAAUCAUCGCUUGGUUUUGCCUUGUCUUCAGCUUUUACGAGUAUAUUCUGCCAACUCUGUGAAUUCAGUAUCCUUAGGGAAAAAUGGAGUUGUGGAGCUGCUGUUUAAAAUCAUCGGACCAUUUAGUAAGAAGAAUUCGGGUCUCAUGAAGGUUGCUUUAGACACUCUUGCUGCAUUGCUAAAAUCAAAAACAAACGCCAGAAGAGCUGUAGACAGAGGAUAUGUCCAAGUCCUUUUAACGAUUUAUGUAGAUUGGCACCGCCAUGAUAACCGGCAUAGAAACAUGCUCAUUCGGAAAGGAAUUUUACAGAGUUUAAAAAGUGUUACAAACAUCAAGUUGGGAAGAAAAGCAUUUAUAGACGCCAAUGGGAUGAAAAUUCUGUAUAACACUUCACAGGAAUGUUUGGCAGUCAGGACCCUUGAUCCUCUUGUCAACACCUCCAGUCUGAUAAUGAGGAAGUGUUUUCCUAAAAAUCGCCUGCCACUCCCAACGAUUAAAAGUUCUUUCCAUUUCCAGUUGCCAGUUAUUCCUGUGACUGGGCCUGUGGCCCAGCUCUACAGUUUACCCCCUGAAGUGGAUGACGUAGUAGAUGAAAGUGAUGACAAUGAUGAUAUUGACUUAGAAGCCGAAAACGAAACUGAAAAUGAAGAUGACGUAGAUCAGAAUUUUAAGAAUGAUGAUAUUGAAACGGAUAUUAACAAACUAAAACCCCAGCAGGAACCCGGACGAACGAUAGAAGAACUUAAAAUGUAUGAACACCUUUUCCCUGAGCUUGUUGAUGAUUUUCAGGACUAUGAUUUAAUCUCCAAAGAACCAAAGCCUUUUGUAUUUGAGGGAAAAGUACGUGGUCCUAUUGUUGUUCCUACUGCGGGAGAGGAAGCAUCUGGGAAUCCAGGCAAUUUAAAAAAAGGAGUUGUAAGGAAGGCAAAUGUGUCUCCUAAAGGAGAUGAAGGUGAUAAACCUACCUGUAUGGAUUUGGCGAAAGAAGAUAUUAAAGAUAAUGACAGAACAUCACAACAGCAGCUAGGUGAUCAAAACAGAACUAUUUCUUCGGCCCAGGGCUUAAACAAUGAUAUUGUGAAGGCGUUGGACCGAAUUACGUUGCAGAAUAUCCCUUCUCAGACAGCCCCAGGUUUUAAUGCAGGAGCGAAGAAGGACUACAGUCUCCCUAUUACCGUCCUCACGUGCACUAAAACUUGUCCACACAUGGCCACUUGUGGAAAUGUUCUGUUUGAGGGAAGAACAGUUCAGCUAGGGAAGCUUUGUUGUACAGGAGUUGAAACUGAGGAUGAUGAAGAUACAGAGUCUACUUCAUCAGUGGAACAAGCAUCAGUGGAAGUCUCUGAUGGACCCACCCUCCACGACUCAGAUCUCUAUAUUGAGAUUGUGAAAAAUACAAAGUCUGUCCCAGAAUAUUCAGAAGUGGCUUAUCCUGAUUAUUUUGGUCACAUUCCACCUCCCUUCAAAGAGCCUAUUUUAGAAAGACCUUAUGGUGUACAAAGGACAAAAAUUGCUCAAGAUAUCGAGAGGUUAAUACAUCAGAGUGAUAUCAUAGAUCGAGUGGUAUAUGACUUAGAUAACUCAAAUUACACUAUUCCAGAAGAGGGAGAUAUUUUGAAGUUUAACUCCAAAUUUGAAUCUGGGAAUCUGCGCAAAGUAAUUCAAAUUAGAAAAAGUGAAUAUGACCUUAUUUUGAACUCAGAUAUAAAUAGCAAUCAUUAUCACCAGUGGUUUUACUUUGAAGUCAGUGGAAUGCGACCAGGUGUUGCUUAUAGGUUUAACAUCAUUAACUGCGAAAAGUCCAACAGUCAAUUUAAUUAUGGUAUGCAACCACUCAUGUAUUCGGUUCAGGAAGCAUUAAACGCCAGACCAUGGUGGAUUCGUGUGGGAACCGACAUUUGUUACUAUAAAAAUCACUUCUCAAGAAGUUCAGUUGCUGCAGGUGGGCAAAAGGGAAAAUCCUACUAUACAAUUACAUUCACUGUCAAUUUUCCACAUAAAGAUGAUGUUUGCUACUUUGCUUAUCACUAUCCAUACACAUAUUCAACUUUACAGAUGCAUCUUCAAAAAUUGGAAUCAGCACACAAUCCGCAGCAAAUCUACUUUCGAAAAGAUGUGUUAUGUGAAACCCUGUCUGGAAACACCUGUCCCUUGGUGACUAUAACAGCAAUGCCAGAGUCUAAUUAUUAUGAACAUAUCUGUCAAUUCAGAAACCGCCCUUAUGUUUUCUUAUCUGCUCGGGUACAUCCUGGAGAAACUAAUGCAAGUUGGGUAAUGAAGGGAACAUUGGAGUACCUCAUGAGUAAUAACCCUACUGCCCAGAGCCUACGAGAAUCCUAUAUUUUUAAAAUUGUCCCUAUGCUAAAUCCAGAUGGUGUCAUCAAUGGAAAUCACCGCUGUUCUUUAAGUGGAGAGGAUCUGAAUCGACAAUGGCAAAGUCCAAAUCCAGAUUUACAUCCUACAAUUUACCAUGCUAAGGGACUGCUACAAUACCUGGCAGCUGUGAAACAUUUACCACUGGUUUAUUGUGAUUAUCAUGGCCAUUCCCGAAAGAAGAAUGUAUUUAUGUAUGGAUGCAGCAUCAAAGAGACCGUAUGGCAUACCAACGAUAAUGCAACUUCAUGUGAUGUUGUAGAAGAUGUAGGAUACAGGACUUUGCCUAAGAUACUGAGCCAUAUUGCUCCAGCAUUUUGCAUGAGCAGCUGUAGCUUUGUAGUAGAAAAAUCUAAAGAAUCCACGGCACGUGUUGUAGUUUGGAGGGAGAUAGGAGUACAAAGAAGCUAUACCAUGGAAAGUACUUUAUGUGGCUGUGAUCAGGGAAAAUACAAGGGUUUACAGAUUGGUACUCGAGAAUUAGAAGAGAUGGGAGCAAAAUUUUGUGUUGGUCUGUUGCGUUUGAAAAGACUGACGUCCCCAUUGGAAUAUAAUCUGCCUUCCAGCCUGCUUGACUUUGAAAAUGACUUGAUUGAAUCGAACUGCAAAGUAACUAGCCCUACCACUUACGUUUUGGAUGAAGAUGAGCCUCGAUUCCUUGAAGAAGUGGAUUACAGUGCAGAAAGUAAUGACGACUUAGAUACUGAAUUGGCGGAAAACGUAGGAGAUUAUGAACCUUCUGCUCAGGAAGAAGUACUUUCUGACUCUGAAUUAUCAAGAACAUACCUACCUUAAACCUUCUGCCAUCUCUUGAAAGUGCAAAAAAGAAAGGAAAUAUCUUGUUUUUUCUUACACAGGAAGUUUGAGAGAAAUGAGUUAAUAGCUGACUCAAGAAAGACAAAAAGUAACUUGGGCCUGUUUGGUUUCAAGACAAUAAAUAUGUUAUGAAUUCAUGAUAAAAUUGGCACUUGUUUUAUUUUAGAUAUUCAAUGCACUUGAUAUGGCAUUGAAUGAUCAAAUAUUGGAUUUUUUUUUAAACCUGAGUAUCAUUGCAUGAAUUUUUAUCUUCUUAUGGUUAUAUCCUGCAUCAAAUGGGUACAUUUUGAAGUGUGUGAGAAUAUAAAAUCUGAAUCUAGAGUUGUUGAAAACAAAUACAUAUGUACAUGGAUUUCCCUAGCUGUGACUGUGUAGGGUGGGUAGAUAUUGAAGAUAAGACUGUGCUUCAGAAUCAUGUUAACUGUGGACUUGUGACUGAAAUAACCCAGAGUUUGCUUUGAAAGCGUUACAUUCUCCACUUACCAAAUUAAACAAAUAAAAGCUAUAUUAAAUGUUGAA